CCAAGGUCGAGUUUCGUUCCGGGCACAAAUCCCAAUUUGAAACGAGUAUUCUGUCACUUGAAAAUGGAGUCGAAAGUCACGUCAUCCUACGGGAAAAAUGAUCCUAAACAGGUAAACGAGACAACGAGCCGCCCUGUUCGUCGAAUUGAAUCAAAAAAGAUUGAAAUUUCGAACGAAUUGUUUGAAAAAAGACACUCGAUAGAGGAGCCACCAAUAGACAAACAGCUUCCGCUAUCUAAGAUACCCAGUCGCAGAUCUCGUUCCGUUCAGCCAGCGCGAACCGUCACGCGUAACACGUCGCAACGUUCAUUUUCAGUCGAUCGGCGCGAGAAAAGUUCUGGAUUCGGUUCGGUUAAUAAAUGUGCGACUCUAAAUAAACCAGCAUCGAGGCCAAUAGGAAAAAUAACUGUAACUCUAGAGUCGAAAAACAAGGUCAGCGACAAAAGAAAAAAAAUUUCGUCCAACUCACCGAAGAUCGAUCGAGAAAAGGAAAAGUCGCUGACUAUAAAAACGGUGACGCCUGCCGAUGGAUCAUUGCUACGGCCACCGAUAAAGACUCCUAUCAAGGUGGUGAUUCGACGGAAAAAGUACAACACAAACGUGCCUAAGAAGGGUGAGUUACUGGAACCUCGAAAUAAUUUCAACGAAGAAAUCAAGUUUUUCCCCGCCGAAUUACUGUAUCACGGAGAAUACCUCGAUGAACUGCCGCUGAUCGAGCAUGAAAGGGAACAACGAGCACCGCAAUUGUCGGAUAAUUUCUUAACGAAGCACAUCAACGCGGAGCAGAGGAGGCUGGUCGUCAUUUUUAUAAUACGUCUUGGAGUACACUGCCGAUAUUCGUCGCGUAUUGUGUAUCAAGCGGUGAAGCUGUUUGACGCCGUUAUGGACAAGAUUUCCCCGGAUACAACGUUUAUCCAAUUGAACGCGUUGGCCAGUUUGUGGAUCAUGCUCAAGAGACAAGAGAAAUUUCAUAAGAUUCCGUCGGCUAUGAAGAUGGUGUCUCUUGCCAAUGAUCUUUACAUAGGAAGAGAGGACUUGUUAAUUGAUUGCGAGAGAAAGAUUUUGGAAGUUCUUAAUUUUAACAUCACGUUCGCCGAUGCGUUUAGCCUUUUUACGCAUCAUCUCAUUAGCUGCCAGCGUUACAUCGACAUAUCCGAGGAUAUUGGAUCCCUUCUACACGACUGCGGCUGUUACAUGAUCGACAUCACACUUCUGGACGAGCGAUUUUGUAAAAUAUCCGCAAGUUUGAUCAGCAUAACAGUAUUAGAGUUGGUGCUCGGUAUCGGUUUGGACGUUGCAAGGGACAAUACUAUACCCCGAUGGUUGUUCUGGAGAGGUGUACUCUCCGCCGUCGUUAGUUUCCCACAAAGAUUCGAACACAAGGAGAUCGAUUCACUUCGUGUUAUGAUAUUACGGCGCGUGAUAGAUUCGGAAAUCACGCAGGACAGUUUCAAUGUGGUAUACAAAAAAUAUACUCGCACCAGAUACGGUCGGAUAUCGAAAUAUUUCCUGGCACAGGUUACCAGGAUACCUGCCGCAGAAACUAUUUACGAUCCGUAGAAUUGAUUUUUAUUAGUAAGAAUAAAAAUAUUAUCGCCAAUUUUUGGGAGAAAAGAGGAGGAAAGCUCAUUACCCUGAACAGGAUAUUCGAUUGGUCGGACCAAGUGCCGAACAGGUGUAGAAGAUCGGGCCGCUUUGAGUACAGGCCACUGGCGGCUAAUAUACCAUGAGUGAGCUCUUCCAAAGCGUUCGGGGUUUUAGCAGCCGAGCUGACGAUCAGUCUUGGUGGCUCCAGUCCUAAGUUGCAUGUCUGCCAUUCGUUAAUAGCAGCGCGUCCACCAUUCGGGCAAAGUAACUCUAUCUUUGAGGAAUCGACGUCGCUCAACAAA